AGUGCUGACCUCACGGGGUUACAGCCGUUUAACUCCGCGGGCGGGCUGUCUCUCGGGAACCUCACCACGUGGCAGCAGUUGGCACCGGCCACACUCAGCAACUUGUUUAUGUCCCCAGGGAGCCAGCUCCCCCAGCUCUCCACCCUGACAGUGAGCAGCUGUGAGGAGGUCCACGUCAAGUUGGAGCCAGUCUCUCCCACCCGGGAGCACAGGAGCCCCUCGGGCCUACUACGGCAGGCUGUGGGCACGGAAACAGGCCGCUCGCCAGUGGACAGCCUCACCAGUAACAGCAGCUCCUUCGAGGGUACCGACCGGGAGGAUGUCAGGGACUACCUGACCCCCGUGGGGACCCUGGCAGUGCCCCUCGGAGAGCCCACUGACGACCCCACCGUCAAACGCAUGAGAAUGGACGCGUGGGUGACCUAACCCCCUCCCCACACCCACACCCUCCCCUCCCCACCCUCACACCCUCCCCACACCCACACCCUCCCCUUCCCACCCUCACACCCUCCCCACACCCACACCCUCCCCUCCCCCACCCUCACACCCUCCC